AUGGCGGCCUCCUGGCCGCCCUUGGCUACCCUGCGGCUGGUGCGGAGCCGGCUGAGGGGGAGAUGUGUUGGGUGCGGAGCCUGGGCAGCCGCCCUGACCCCUCCGGCCACCGCCCCUGGGAGCCCUCUUUGGAAAGCCUAUACAGUUCAGAUACCCGAGAGUAUGUCUCCAUCUGUGGCCACAGAAACUUACGUGAAAGCUUUGGCUUUUUGCCAUGGACCUCUGGACCACUAUGACUUUCUAAUAAAAAAUCAUGAGAUAAAGGAUGAUGCACAUCAAAGAAGAGUCAUACAGUGUUUGCAGAAGUUACACGAGGACCUUAAAGGAUACAGUCUAGAAGCAGAAGGCAUUUUUUCAAAGCUUUUUUCAAGGAACAAACCUCCAAAGGGCCUCUAUGUUUAUGGAGAUGUUGGUACAGGGAAAACAAUGGUGAUGGACAUGUUUUAUACUUAUGUGGAAAUGAAGAGGAAAAAACGGGUUCAUUUUCAUGGUUUCAUGCUAGAUGUUCACAAAAGAAUACACCGCCUUAAGCAGAGUUUGCCAAAAAGGAAAGCAGGAUUCAUGGCUAAAUCAUAUGAUCCAAUAGCUCCUAUAGCUGAAGAAAUCAGCGAAGAAGCAUGUCUCUUAUGUUUCGAUGAAUUUCAGGUCACUGACAUUGCUGAUGCCAUGAUUCUGAAACAGCUUUUUGAAAAUCUGUUCAAAAAUGGGGUCGUCGUUGUGGCAACAUCCAACAGGCCACCAGAAGAUCUCUAUAAAAAUGGACUACAAAGAGCUAACUUUGUACCAUUCAUAGCAGUCCUAAAGGAGUACUGCGAUACAGUCCAGCUGGAUUCUGGGAUAGAUUACCGAAAAAGGGAGCUUCCUGCUGCAGGAAAGCUCUACUACCUCACAAGUGAAGCUGAUGUGGAGGCUGUCAUGGAUAAGUUGUUUGAUGAGCUGGCUCAGAAACAAAAUGAUUUAACUAGACCAAGGAUUCUAAAAGUGCAAGGCAGAGAGCUGUGGCUGAAUAAAGCCUGUGGAACCAUUGCCGACUGCACAUUUGAAGAGCUGUGUGAAAGACCGCUUGGAGCCAGUGAUUAUUUGGAACUAUCAAAGAAUUUUGAUACAGUAUUUUUGCGAAACAUUCCCCAAUUUACACUGUCAAAAAGGAGUCAAGCUCGAAGAUUCAUAACUCUCAUUGAUACCCUCUAUGAUUUCAAGGUGCGCCUGAUUUGCUCCGCGUCAGCUCCUUUACCAAGCUUAUUCCUGCACCAGCCCCAUGACAGCGAGUCGGAGCAAAACAGAAUAAUGAUGGAUGAUUUGGGGCUGAGCCAGGACUCAGCAGGUCUCUCCAUGUUUACCGGAGAAGAGGAAAUCUUUGCCUUUCAGCGCACAGUUUCCCGACUCACAGAAAUGCAGACUGAACAGUACUGGAAUGAAGGGGACAGAAGCGAGCUGUAA